CCCGCCUGUCGAUCUGCGCAGACAGCUCAGAUGAAGCGCAGGCUCGCCCGUGUUGGCUGGCAACAGCGCAGGAGCUUCACGCCGACGACUUCUGUGCCGCCGAACAAGCAAAAGUUUCUCCUCGACCCAGCAGAAGCGACUUUUCCUCGAGGUUUCCUAGCUUCAGGUGUGCAUUGCGGCAUCAAAAAGUCAUCAGCGCUUGAUUUGUCACUCAUCGUCUCGUCCACACCCGCAUCAGCAGCCGCCUGCUUCACUCGCAAUUUCUUUCAAGCAGCGCCUGUCCAGAUUUCUCGGGAGGUCCUCCGCUCCCAAGCGGGUAUAGCUCGAGCGCUCGUCGUCAACUCGGGCUGCGCAAAUGCCGUCACGGGCCAGCAGGGACUCAAGGAUGCACGCGCCAUGUCAGACCGCGUCAACAGGUGGCUCCAGACGGGCACGCAUGAUCGUUCGAAGCCGGAUGCGAGUCAGACUACGCCCGAAGGGACAGGAACGCUCGUCAUGUCUACCGGCGUCAUCGGUCAGACACUGCCCAUGUCGCGCAUCUCUGCCGGCAUAGAAUCUGCCUUUCGUACAAUGUCAUCCUCCUACGAGGCAUGGACGGAGGCUGCCAGAGGCUUCAUGACGACAGAUACCUUUCCGAAGCUCAAGACGCGAGCGUUCCAGCUUGGCGGUAAGGAGGUCAGGUUGGUAGGGAUAGAUAAGGGCGCAGGCAUGAUCCAUCCCAACAUGGGACCACCCAAGGCGACAAUGCUGGGUAUGAUUGCAACAGAUGCAGCCAUUGCGCCCAGUGCGUUGCAGGACGCGCUGACGCAUGCAAUCGAUCGCUCCUUCAAUUCAAUUUCUGUCGACGGAGACCUCUCGACUAAUGACACCGUCAUUGCGUUGGCGAACGGACAAGCGCAAUCCGCCCCGAUCGAUUCCACCUCUUCAUCCGAUUAUGAGCUGUUCAGAGACGAGUUGACGCAAUUCAGCAUCGAUCUAGCCAGUCUCGUCGUGCGAGAUGGUGAAGGGGCAACAAAAUUCGUUAAAGUGUCAGUCGAAGAAGCGCCAACUUAUGCAGGCGCACAUACCAUCGCUGCUACGAUCUCUCGAUCAUCACUCAUCAAGUGCGCACUCCAUGGUGCAGAUGCGAACUGGGGUCGCAUCCUGUGUGCAGUCGGCUAUUCCAGUCCGGAUUUUGAGAUUGACCCCAUGAAAGUGUCACUGUCUUUUAUUCCGCAUGACGGUACAGAGCCACUGAGGCUACUCGUCAAAGGCGAGCCUGCACACUUUGACGAGGAUAGAGCACACAAGAUGCUGCUCGAGGACGAGAUCGAAAUCCGCGUGCAACUCGGACUGGGCGAUCAGAGCGCUGCAUACUACACAUGUGAUUUGAGCAAAGAGUACAUCUCGAUUAAUGCGGACGUAAGUGUGCGCUCCUUUUCCGAUGCAUCCACUGACACUCGGGCGACACAGUACCGAAGCUAG